GCAAUACAUUGCUCUUUUUGCUUUAAAAACAUCUUUCUCUCCAAAGAAAAUCAGAGCUGAAGCAAUUCCAGAUCCUUCUCAGUUUCUGGAAUCUCUGGUUUUGAAUUUGUUUUACGUCGCUGGGGAACCAGUUUCGCGGUUCGAGAUCUCCGCAGGUUCUAAUCUAUUCGCUUAAAAGCCCACUUUUGAACGUUGGAAAACCGGCGUUCCAACCUGUGCUUGCGGAGGAUCCUGCGAAAUGAGUUCAGGAGAGCUUCUCAGCAUUGAGCCUCAGGAGCUCAAGUUCCCCUUCGAACUGAAGAAGCAGAUCUCAUGUUCUCUUCAAUUAUCGAAUAAGACGGAUAACUAUGUUGCUUUCAAGGUGAAGACGACGAAUCCAAAGAAGUAUUGUGUUCGUCCAAACACCGGAAUUGUUCUGCCUCGAUCCACAUGCGAUGUUAUAGUUACGAUGCAAGCACAGCGGGAAGCUCCUCCUGACAUGCAGUGCAAGGAUAAGUUUCUCCUUCAGAGCGUAUUUGCAAGUCCUGGAGCCACUGUAAAGGACAUCAACCCAGAAACGUUCAACAAGGAGUCGGGAAAUCACAUUGAGGAGUGCAAGUUGAGAGUUGUUUAUGUUUCUCCUCCUCAACCGCCAUCACCAGUUCCAGAAGGGUCCGAGGAGGGUUCUUCACCAAGGGCUUCUAUAUCGGAUAAUGGAAAUUUGAAUGUUUCAGAAUUUACUUCUGUCUCAAGAGCAUAUUCUGAGCCUCAAGAAAAGUCUUCAGAGGCAAAGGCUAUUAUUUCAAAGCUUACUGAGGAGAAAAGUUUUGCCAUUCAACAGAGCAACAAACUUCGUCAGGAACUGGAACUAUUGAGGCGUGAAGCCAACAAAAGCCAUGGUGGUGUUUCAUUUCUUUUUAUCGUGAUUGUUGGCUUGCUGGGCAUCCUCCUGGGAUAUCUUUUGAAGAGAACAUGAUCAAUGAACGUGAUUUCUACUUUGGCAGUAAUUUUGCCCCAUUUUAUUUUAAAUCUUUUCCACCAUAAAAGAACGGAAAAGAGGAGUAUAUUAGUAUAUGACAGGUGGUAUUUUUCUAGUUGUAUUGUCAGUCUGGAAUUAGAAAACGUAUCCUGGUGGGGUUGAUUGGUUUGUAAUUGUUUAAAGCAGGAAUUCCCAAAAAGUAGUGUGACACCGACUCCUGCUUUGGUUAACAGGCUUUCUUUUGGCAACUCAAAGAGGCAUUUUCUUUUCUUCUACAUUUUUGGGUAUCUUUUUACUUUUUAGUUCUUAUUUCUUACCUAAAAAUAUAGUUCUUACUUUUCA